AUGGCUGCUGCCUUUGACGACGAGGACCUCUCGGUCUCUCUCCCUGCUGUCGACCGUGAUCGUCCUCGUGAGCGCACCAACGAGCCCAAUCCGUCCGAUUCGCAUCAGUCCGCCAUGGCUAUGCCCCCGCCCGCGCGACCGAUCGGAAAGGGUAGUGACUCUUCGCGGCAGUCCCCAGCUACAAUGAGGGAUAUGCAGCGCCUCGAUCAGUACCAUACAGUCAAGGUUCUUGGCGAGGGCUCGUUUGGAAAGGUCAAGCUGGCGAUCCAUCAGCCCAGUGGCCGUCAGGUAGCCAUGAAGAUUAUCUCUCGCCGCAAGCUGCUAUCCCGGGACAUGAUCGGUCGAGUCGAGCGGGAGAUCCAAUACCUUCAGCUGCUACGGCACCCUCAUAUUAUAAAACUGUACACUGUCAUUUCAACCAAAACGGAUAUUGUCAUGGUGCUAGAAUAUGCUGAACGAGAGCUGUUCGAUUACCUAGUGAAGCGAGGCCGCUGCAACGACGCGGAAGCCCGCAAGUUCUUCCAGCAGAUCAUCUGCGCUGUUGAGUAUUGUCACCGCCAUAAGAUCGUUCACCGCGAUUUGAAGCCGGAAAAUCUCCUCAUUGACAGGGAUAAAAAUGUGAAGAUUGCAGAUUUUGGGUUAAGUAAUAUCAUGACGGACGGCAACUUUCUCAAAACCAGCUGCGGCAGCCCCAACUAUGCAGCGCCCGAGGUCAUCUCUGGCAAGUUGUAUGCCGGCCCGGAGGUCGACGUCUGGAGCUGCGGAGUCAUUUUGUACGUGCUGCUGGUAGGACGGCUCCCAUUCGACGACGAUUACAUCCCGGCGCUUUUCAAGAAAAUCGCCGCGGGCAACUUCCACAUGCCCACCUACAUUUCCUCCGGGGCUGCCCGGCUCAUUCGGUCAAUGCUGCAGGUGCACCCAGUGCACCGGAUCACCAUUGAAGACAUUCGCGAUGACCCUUGGUUUCUGCAAGACCUCCCUAAAUACCUGCAACCUCCCCCGGAGGAGUUUAUCGCAACCGACAAAGCGAUUGACCCACGCAAAAUCGCUGCGGGGAAGCCGCACGCGAUUCAAAACAAAAUCAGUCAGGUCGCCAUCUCCAAGCUGGAGAGGAGCAUGGGUUAUGGUCGCGAGGAUAUUGAAGAUGCACUCAGACACCCUGAGCCUAGUGCUAUCAAGGACGCAUUCUUCAUCAUCGUGGAGAAUGAGAUGAUGCAGACAAAUUCACCCACGGACGAGACUAUGCUGAGUCCAUCAGCUACCCCGCUACCGCCUUCCGCAGGCCGUACUGCUGUAACACCCGGCGCCAGGGCACUCCAUUCAGCACAAGCACUUCCAUCACGGACCCGGUCCGGCUCCCGCCGGCAGUCGGGCCCUAUGGCGCUGCCUAGUGAGUCGGAUAAUGCAGAUGUGCCGCGGGUCAGCCACGUCCGAAUUCUGCCGACCAGCUUGCCGUACGUCCAUGAUCAGCUCAUGGAGCAGCGAGAGCGAGAGCGUGAACGGGUGCGGGAAGACUCAGGGGAGCAAACCCAAGCUGCCUUGGAUGAAGAGGACCCUGGUCGAACUGCUCGCUCGCCAGAAGAGCAGGAAGCGACGGCUAGGGCCCUGAAACCGCAUUCGCGGAGUAUCGUCGACCUUGAGAAGCUCAAAUUGGAACCACCAGAGGCCCGCAGCGCUCCGCAUCAGCCCACCAAACGGUCCAGGAGAUGGCAAUUUGGUAUUCGCUCCCGUAACCAGCCAUAUGAGGCCAUCCUCUAUCUUUACAGGGCAAUAAAAGCGCAGGGAGGAAUCUGGGAGAUGCAGCCCGCCGACUCGGGUAAGUUAUAUUCCUACUAUACUAGGAGAAGCUGA